UUUGGAAAUAAAUUUAGUGCACGUUGAAUCUAUAUUCUAUUAUUGAUUCAACUAUUUUUAUUUAAAAAUCAUGGUUUUAUUUCUAAAUAUUUGUUUAUUUAUUGUGUUUCAAUUAUUUGACAUCUCUUCAAGCACAUAUACAUUUAGAGAUGCUGAUUCGUGGUCAAUUGAAUAUCCACAAUGUGGAACUGAGCAUCAAUCGCCCAUCGAUAUUUCCACUGAUCAAAUUCAGCCAGGAAAAUAUGAACAGCCUUUUACAAUUUACAAUAUAGAUCAGCCACCCAAUAAAUUUACACUGAAUAAUACUGGGAAAGGAUUAAAAUUAACGGGUGAGUGGGAUGAUGAUAAAAUCCCAACGAUCACUGGUGGACCACUCAUUGUAGAUCAAUAUGUCUUUGGCUGCAAUGAAUACUACUGGAGUAGGGAAAAUAUAUCAAACAGUCCUCAUAAGGUUGAUGGAGAAAGUUUUGCACUUGAAGUACAUGCAGUUUAUUACAAAAAAAAUUAUGGCUCACAUGAUAUAGCUAAGAAAUAUGAUGAUGGUAUCGUCAUAGUUGUUGGAGUUUGGGAGGAAUGGGCAUAUGGCGAAGAUACAGCUAUUUCGUUGAUCACUUUAAAACUGCCUGAAGUUGUACGACCAGGAGCUGUAGCAGAUAUCAGACCAUUCAGUUUUCUAGAAUUAUUAGAAGAUCCAAGUGACCCACCAACAAAUUAUUAUACUUAUACUGGAAGUGUAAUAAAGCCACCAUGUACUCCAGCACUCUAUUUCAUACAGAAUUAUAUUUAUCCUAUCAAACCUCAUGGCAUGGAACUCUUUCGAGCAGUUCAAUUUGAGAAUGAUGAUGUCAGUAAUGUACGUCCACCUCAACCUCUUAAUGAUCGUGUGGUCUAUGAGUUAGAAAGAAGAAUAGGAUAAAUUUAUCAUUAGUGUAAAUAUGAUGCAGAACUUUUUCAUCAAUUAAUGAUGGAUGAAUACUUUUAAUUGCAUAAUAUAUACGUUGAUGAGUUGUUGAUAGCAGCAGAAAUUUAAGUUGGUUCAUUUUUGUUAUAUGAUUCGUACAUGAAGUAUAAAUACAACAAAUGUUUUCAAUAAUAAUCAUUAAAAACAAACUGAUUUAUUUUUGAA